GCAGGGGUUCCCGCAAAGCCAUAAAGAUCUUCUUUUUUUUUUUUUAAGUCUGCUGACAACAAAGAGCGGUGGCGUACAUGGUUACCGCCGCCGCACUUGUCGUCGUAGCGUGUUUACAAAAAGGGGAGUUACCUCGGACUCCCCUCGGCUCCCCCUAUUCACGCGUGGAAUCUCAUUGUUGGCCCUCGAGGACAUGAUUCAAGCUGGCCGGAGGGAGGCUCCCACUUCAUUAGAGCUGUCCCGGGGGGUGCGAGGGCGUCGGGGUGCUACGUCUUGUGGCCCUGACAGUCGGCGGCCAAACGUUCCCAGGGGUAGGAAGGAGACAAGAUGGUGAGCUUGCCGUGGACCUUGUUGCUGCUCACCUUCACAGCCGUCUCCUCCCGAGGUGAUCUGCAGACCUUCCAAGAAGAGCUGAACGAAACGGUCAUUUGCACCAAGGACCACAUGGAAGCGCUCAUCCCCAGCGCCUUCUUCCUGAACAAAGUCCCUCCCGUCUACGCCUGGGACUUGCAUCUAAACGACCCGGAUUGUCGAGGCGUGGAGGUGGGCGACGACUACGUCUUCAGCAUCAAGAGCAAUCUGUCCCACUGCGGAAGCAUCAUGACAUCGGACGCCACUCACAUCCUGUUCGUCAACACCAUCCACAACAACCACACUGAUGACAUCAUCACCCGGAAUUACAUCAACAUCACCUUUGUGUGCCGCUACCCCAUCAACUACAUGGUGCAGCAACCCAACGGGGAAAACAUGAUACGCGUGGAUGUCAGGACGAUCACGCUCAACACAGAGGACGGAAACUUCUCCGUCUCCAUGCUGCUGUACAAGGACGAGGCUUUUGAGGACAAGUGGACCACCGUCCCCUCGCUCACCCUGGACGACGACAUCUUUGUCAAAGUGUUUAUGAUACCAGCUCACCUGAUGUUGCGCAUGGAGCGAUGCUGGGCCACGCCCACCAAGGAUCCCCACAGCCACAUUCAGUACACCUUCAUUAGGGACAGCUGCCCCGUCUUGACAAACCAACAGACCCUGAGCGUGCUGAAGAACGGUCAGGGUGCCGAGGCCACGUUCAGGAUCCAGAUGUUCAAAUUCGUGGGCGGCUCCUACACCAACGUCUUCCUGCACUGCAACGUCCACAUCUGCCACAACGGCUUGUGCCAACCCAACUGCUCGGCUGAAGAAGAUAUCCUGACGAGGACGCGGCGAGACAUCCCACUGUCCCACACGGUGUCCUACGGUCCCAUCAGACGACGGUCCGACAGCGAGCGUCCCCGUUUAGGUGGACUCCCACCAGUGGAGACCUUCAUCCUGGCGGGGUUCCUGGUGGUCCUGUUGCUGGUCACGGGGGUCUUAGGGAGAUUGUGGAUUCGUUCCAGGCGCUUCUACCCGGCGGCGCGGGAGGCCCAGCUCACCCUUUCCAACAUACAUCACAUCUCCGAAGUGGCCUCAUGACUGGAUGGGAUCCAAAAAUGUUCUGCUACAUCACUACUUCAGGAUUUUUCUUCAAAUUGUGUGUAAUUAAUAUUCAAGGGAAGAAGUGAAAUACCUCAAUGUAGGUCUUUUAGUAUUUUAUACCAGUUUUUUUUUUGUGUUGUGUGUAUUGUGGGCAAAUUAGAAAUGAUAUUUAAUAUACCUCACAUAGAAUGAAAUACUUUUUUUUUAUAUAUAUAUUUAUGCUUCUUGGUGUUUUUAUAUCUCAUUUUAAUACUAAUAC